GUAGUAUUCAUUGUUAAAGAGUCUAGCGUUUGUUUAAGUCAACAAACAUGGAUAAGAAAUCAUUUGACAUUGUAUUGGAUGAGAUAAGAAAGUGCGUCUUGACCGAUCAGCGCAUCAGAGCCAUUGAGCAGGUGCAUGGCUAUUUCUCCAGUAAACAGGUGAUGGAAAUAUUGAAGUAUUUCUCAUGGGCUGAACCACAGAUCAAAGCUGUUAAAGCUCUGCAGCAUAAAAUGGUUGCAAUCCCCACAACAGAAGUCGCAAAUAUCUUGAACUGCUUCACGUUCUCAAAAGACAGACUGAUUGUCUUGGAACUGAUAGCCUUAAACAUUUCAGAUGCUCAGAAUUAUCGGCCAGUGGAGGAUCUCUUUCGUAUACACUUGUCUGAGAAGAAGCGUGCCCGCAGGAUCCUGGAACAGGUCUGUAAGGUUGGCUGCAAGGCUCCCAUAGCAAUGAUCUCCUCCUGUGGAAUAAUACCAGGAAAUCCAUAUCCUAAAGGCAAACCCAGCUUGGUCACUGGGUCAUUUCCUGGAAACCCACCAGUAAAAAAGGAAGGCGAGAAGAAAGAAGACACCUCUAACAAUAUGGAGGGGAAAGGAAUUGCUUCCCGAAUUAUAGGACCAUUCAAACCUUUCCCCUCAACAUACAAUCCUCAUCGACCUGUUCCUUACCCAAUACCACCGUGCCGACCCCACGCCACCAUUGCACCAAGUGCAUACAACAACGCAGGCCUUGUUUCUAUGGGAGGGGUUAUAACAGCCAACGUACCCCCACCCCCCUACAACUCCACCCACAAAGUAGCAGGUUACAAUAAACCAGGCAAUCCACAGAACACCACACCUGGAAUUAACAGCGGGCCCCUCCUCAUUCCUCAUGGGUCCACACCAGUCCCAAACCAGGCCUCUCCUGCUCCUCCCACUACCCCCAUCACGCCAGUUUUCCCAGGAAUGGUGCCCUCUCACAACCUCAACGCCCCCUCUCCCUCACCUGCUCCAUCCCCAUCUGUAAUCAAAGCAGGACCACAGACUCCCACUGGUCAUGCUACACCUACACCCUCAUCUGUCAUUAAAGCGCACACCCCAUCAGGCACACCUUGUGGAACUCCUGUCCCUGGCAGUGGGGGCUUCUCCCCUUUCCACGCAAUUUCCCGACCAGGCACCCCUGCUACUUCACGCAGUGCCCCAGAGUCCCUGUCUCAGACGAACUCCAGUCAGCAGAAGGUUUAUUCUCAGUCCACAGAACACCAGUCAGGAUCACCCUUCCCUGGCAUACACCCACAAGCAGGUAACUCUUCUGGGUCAGUGAUCCGAAGUUACACCCCAUCUGGACCGCAGUCUCUUCCCCCUGGACGCUCCACGCCAGUAAUUCCGAGCUGUUCCACCCCAGGUCCCAGUCCUAAACCUUCCCCUGCUCAUUCUGCACAGGCUCAGGCAGUUGUGGCUGGAGCCUUGAACAGACACAGUGCGGGUAGUAGCAGUGGCAGUAAUAGCCCUGUACCCUCUGCCUUCAAGGGUACCUCUCGCUCUGGCACACCAAGCUCUGCACAGGCUGCUCUAGCACGUCCCUACGGCCUCUCACACCCUUCAGGUUCUCCUCAAGUCUCUCUCCCUAGUCCUGUUGGUCUCACUGGCCUACAAGCGCUGUCUUCCAGCAAUGCACCCUCUCAUUACCCGGGCCUGUCACCUUUUCCCUCCCUUUCUUCAUCUCUGCCUCCUUCAACUGUCCCCUCAUCCAUGCCAACAAUGUCCCCAACUACCAAGAUUUCUAACCACCCACCAACAACCAUCUACUCUGGCUUGGCUCCAAAUGCUCCUCCGAGUGCAGCCUCUCCUUUUGGUCUAGGCCUCACCUCUGCUCCCUCUAUAUUCCCAGGCCUUCCACCUGGGGCUAGCCCAACUGCCUUCCCUGGACUUGGUGUGGCAGGGGGGCAUGGUGCUGGGAGCCCUGUUUUAACUUCAUUUAUUGGACUACCAGGGGCCACUCCAUCUACAGUGGCAUCAGUGGCACCACUGCAGGCGGCGGCGGCGGCAGCAGCAGCAGCAGUCGGCGUUCCAUCAUCUUCACCAGUUUUACCAGGCUUUGCGUCUGCCUUCAGCUCCAAUUUCCAGCCUGGGUUGAGCGGUGGACUCCAGCCUCCAGGCAGUAGCGGGUUUCCUGGCUUACUGUCGUUCCAAGUGCCAGGCUUCUCUCCCUCUGCCUCCCCCGCUGCACUCAGUGGCCUCCACAACCCAGCUGUGCAGUCUGCCCUGCUGCAGCCUCAUCCCCCUUCUGCUUUGGAGAACUUCACUACUCAACCUAACAGCUUCACCAACUACCCUGCAGGCCCAGGACACACGUUCCCUAUCCAAUCGGGGCUGCACCAACCGUUGGGCUGGCCGUGAAACCUACAAUAGUUGUGAAACAUUGAGUAAAAAAGUAACAUUGACUCCUGCCACACCUCUUAGCAGGUGAUACACUUUCUGUUUGUCCUUGAACCCCAGAUGAGCACAUGACAGUUAAUCACUGUGUAUGUUGGAACAGGAGUGAAAUGGGUCAAAUAGUCUGUGGGGGAAAAGGCAUAAUUGUAAUAUCAUUCAUAGUGAAGCGUUGUAAAUAUUAAUUGUGAAAGUUGUUAGUUUGACAGGUAGACUGUGAGUGAUUUCAUUAUUAGCCUGACUUGCCUGUUUUUAAUCAAACUUAGAACAUUUAUAAAUGAAUAAUGAAUUAUAGAGUAUUAGAAAAGUCCACAUAACAUUAUGUAAUAAAUUGACCUCAGUCCUGAGCCACAGUAGUAUCUCAUUUCCAAUUACAGAGCAAAUGAAAUGCUAAUGAAAUAGAUUGACAGGCAUAAGAUAUAGUAUUGUAACAUGAUUUUUUUUUUUUGAUGAUGUCCCCGUUAUGCUAAUUUCUAAUCUAAAAAUUUACAGCACAGUGGUCUUCUUUAACAUGUGAAAAUGUUAAGUUUGUCUCAGUUUUUUUUUUUCUUCUAAAAACAUCAGGUUUUUAGCAGUACACUUUGGGCUGUUUUAAAUUGGUAACGAGGGGGUGCUUCACCAAUUCUUGUUUGUUCAGUUAUGUAACACAAAAAUAGGUAAAUGAGAACAGUUUUAUUUACAGUUAAGCUGCAUUAAAUUAAAGUUACUGUGAGCACAGCGUGUAGAAAAGGGGCAGACAGAUCCGAUUCUGUAAUUUUAGCGAUGGAAACAACUUCUUUUUUUUCUGCUGAUGCUGGGACAUUGCCACCACCUCAGUUGCUGGGAGUGCACGGAGAUUCUUGAUGCUUUUGUAGCUGAAGUGCAGAUCAUUGUAAGGACUCUGUCUACAUCUCAGUUUCAAAUUGAGUGUUUCCAGCACUUCUAAACUUCAUUUGGAGAAGGCUUUCGUAAAGAAUAAAUAGGAAAAACCUCACAAAGCAUAGCAGGGGCACAUACUAAAGUAUGCAAACUACAAAUGAAUGUGCUGUGUCAGGGGUUAGUUUGUAGUACAUACAAAAACUUGCAUUUGGCAGCUCUACACAAGUGUGUUUUUUGUUUGGGUUUUUUUUCAUUCUUUUCUUUUCAGUGAACAUAUUUGUGACUGCAAUUUUCUGUGAUUCUCAUGUUUACAAAGUUUAUUUCUUAUAUGUGACACUGCUGUGACUGCUACUACAACAUUUAUCCAGAAUAAGGGUAUGCAGGCAUUUUUUUUUUGACAUUGUCACUUUUUUUUUAUUAUAUUCUGUAGUUUAACAGAUUGAAAGCUGUACUUUUGUCCCUCUUUGCUCCUUAGUAGUUUUCCAUUCUACUGGGAUUAUCUCAAUGACAAUGACCUUUGUCUUGAGUAAUAGAUGUUUUGUAUGCUACACAGUUUUUAUUUUAUUUUUUGCCCUUUUUAAAAAAAUGUUUCCAGUGAACUGCUGGUUACUGUCUCUGUAGUCUAUGUGAUGCCAUUACUGUCGACAUCUCUUGAAUAAAAAUACUGGAGCUGGACAAAA